GAGCCACCGGGAGGAGCGGGGGCUCAAGCCCUAGACCUCCAGAAAUGACGUCAGGAUCGUUUGCAUCCCGCUGCCUCAACCUGCCUAGUACUGCUGGGACCCUGUCUCCAAGGCCCCUUGGCCAAGAGGGUUGGCUCCCGUGGACCGUCCUCUUCCUGCGAAAGAGGGGCGCUGCCCCGUGACCUGCGCGGACUGCAACACGAUUGCCAUAAUGGAGCCCACUGGAAGGGCGCUGGAGCCGAGCGCACGGGGCGCUGGAGGCCGGAGAGGAGCCCCUGGGCGGGGGCCGAAUCGCAGCCUCCCCACAGCCCCCAGUGCCCAGGCUUUGAAGCCGGGAGCCUCCACCGCCCUUUGCAGGGAAGGAUCGUCAGUCUGGUGGGGAGUGAAGUGGCGGGCACCCCAGUUCAGCCAGCCACCCCCACCCCGCCCCCCAGCAGCAGCACCACACACACAAAAAAUUGGAUACAUUUUGAAUAAAGCGAUUCGGUUCCUUAUCCGGGGACUGGGUCGCUCGGUGUGAUUGGCCGGCGGAGUCACAUGGUGAAAGUAACUUUACAGGGUCGCUAGCUAGUAGGAGGGCUUUAUGGAGCAGAAAAACGACAAAGCGAGAAAAAUUAUUUUCCACUCCAGAAAUUAAUGAUCAUGAGCUCGUAUUUGAUGGACUCUAACUACAUCGAUCCGAAAUUUCCUCCAUGCGAAGAAUAUUCGCAAAAUAGCUACAUCCCUGAACACAGUCCGGAAUAUUACGGCCGGACCAGGGAGCCCGGAUUCCAGCACCACCACCAGGAGCUGUACCCACCACCGCCUCCGCGCCCUAGCUACCCUGAGCGUCAGUAUAGCUGCACCAGUCUCCAGGGGCCCGGCAAUUCGCGAGCCCACGGGCCGGCCCAGGCGGGCCACCACCACCCCGAGAAAGCGCAGCCGCUCUGCGAGCCGGCGCCUCUCUCAGGCGCCUCCGCCUCCCCGUCCCCAGCCCCGCCAGCCUGCAGCCAGCCAGCCCCCGACCAUCCCUCCAGCGCCGCCAGCAAGCAGCCCAUAGUCUACCCUUGGAUGAAAAAAAUCCACGUUAGCACGGUGAACCCCAAUUAUAACGGAGGGGAGCCCAAGCGCUCGAGGACAGCCUACACUCGGCAGCAGGUCCUGGAAUUAGAGAAAGAAUUUCAUUACAACCGCUACCUGACCCGAAGGCGGAGGAUCGAGAUCGCCCACUCGCUGUGCCUCUCUGAGAGGCAGAUCAAAAUCUGGUUCCAGAACCGGCGCAUGAAAUGGAAGAAGGACCACCGGCUCCCCAACACCAAAGUGAGGUCAGCGCCCCCGGCCGGCGCCGCGCCCAGCGCCCUCUCGGCAGCCACCCCCGGCACUUCUGAAGACCACUCCCAGAGCACCACGCCGCCAGAGCAGCCCCGGGCAGAGGACAUCACCAGGUUAUAAGACAUAACUUACACCCCUGCCCCCGCCCCGCGCUCCCUCACACACAAAUUGACUCUUAUUUAUAGAAUUUAAUAUAUAUAUAUUUUUUGGUUCUUUUUUCUCUCUUCCUCCUGCCUCCUCCCUUGUCGGCUCCAAACAGACGAAACAGAUAAACAAACAAGCCCGUGCCCCUUUCCCUUCGCUGUUAAGGACCCCUUUAAGCAUGUGGUGUUGUCUUAGCAUGGUACCUGCUGGGUUUUGUUUUUUGUUUUUGUUUUUCAAGGCCAUUGUGGGGGGGUAUUUAUUUUUUAAGGAAAAAAAAAGCUGCAAAAAUUAUAUAUUGCAAGGUGUGAUGGUCUGGUUUGGGUGAAUUUCAGGGGGAAUGAGGGGAAGAAAAAGGAAAGGGAGAUUUUUAAGAGGAUUCUCAUGCCUCUCCUCCGCCUUCCCCCAUCUUUCCUUAGGCCUUUUGCAUUGAAAAUGCACCAGAGGAGGUUAGUGAGGGGGAAGUCAUUUUAAGGAGAACAAAGCUAUGAAGUUCUUUUGUAUUCUCGUGGGGGGGUGGGGGAGGGGGGAGGACAACAGACAAAGCUGACUGGAGAGCCUCUGGGAGCUGUGCAGUUUGAGGAGCCAAAAGGAAAUCAAAAUGAACUUUCAGUUCAGAGGGCAAUCCAUAGGUAGACGCUCCUACCCCAUCGUGCUUAUUGUGUUUUCGGACUGAAUUUACUUGAUUAUUGUAAAACUUGCAAUAAAGACUUUUAGUGUUGCUGUGAAAUGCCCCGUGAUCAACAAUAAACCAGUGGCUGUGAAUCAGUUUCA